GCCAUCAAUGAAUUAUUAUAUCACGGGUUGUAGAUAUGUUCUCAUGCCAUGGAAAUUCAAUGGAUGUUACGCCCUUUUCGUAAUAGAUCAUGUUAAAAAGCAUGUGACUUUUAUCGAUUUUACACCGACUCAAGAUUGGUGUAAACACAUGCCAUACAAGAGGUUCGCGGAAGCGAUUAUCAUGGCCUCAAAAAAAUAUAAGAUUGCUUACAGCAAGAAACAUUCUGGAUGGGCGGAGGAUAUCUUUAAGUGGGAACAUACAAUUCAGACUGGUGUUCCAAUUGACUUAAGAGGGUUUAAUACCAGCUACCUUGUUCUACAAGCUAUGGCCAUGUGGGGGAAUGACAGACGACUGAAAUUUGUUGGGGAUGCAAAGACUCUUCGAAGAAACUUUGUGAUUGAUCUUUUAAGUUAUGAGGACAAUUUAGCAAUACAGGAAAAGGUUGGGAAGGCCUGCAGGAGGAAUGAUUAUUUCUCAGUGAAAGUAAAAUCUGUGGAUGGUUUCCAAGGCGCGGAGGAAGAUAUAAUUAUCAUAUCAACAGUCAGGAGUAAUGGAGCUGGUACAGUUGGGUUUCUAUCAAACUUACAGAGGACUAACGUGGCUCUAACAAGGGCCAAGUAA